CAAGUGCUGCUCUUAUUUGUUGACUUCUGUUAAAGUAACUGCUGGUCAGUGAUGUGAAACUGCCUCAGAUCACGAGUAACACGAUGGCUUUGGAUCUUUGUUAACUUGAUAGCUCUUUCACAGCAUGGAAAGACUUCAGAUGAGAAAUACAAUGUAACAGGAUUUUCUUAAGGUGGAAGGUCUGUCCCUCUUCUGUGGUACAGACUGCAUUCUCCCAACUUGAUGUGGCGGUACCUUCGGUAUCUUCUCUUGGACUGUUGGCAUGACGAGGGUUACUUCGCAACAGGAGGUUAUGAAAGUGAGGACGAGAAUGAUAAUACAGAGGGCAUCUCAAAGGAUCCCAUAUCCUUUCAGCCCAUGGGAUCAGAGCGGAUGGAGAUGCGAAAGAGGCAGAUGUCGGUGCAGCAGGAUUCGGUGGCGGGGACCACAGCACUGGUGCAGAAUGAACAGCCCGGCCAAGGGAACCAUGGCUCCAAUGCCUGCUGCUUCUGCUGGUGCUGUUGCUGCAGCUGCUGUUGGAAUGAAGACAGAGAGGAGAGGAACCGAAGAGCCUCAUAUGAUUUUAAAGCAGAGGGAAAUGCAGACUUUGAGGAGAGUCAGAAACCUUCUGUCGAAGAUGUGCGCUCAUGGGGGCAAUCCUUCGACAAGCUGAUGCUGUGCCCCAGUGGAAGAAGUGCUUUUCGGCAGUUUCUGCGCACCGAGUUCAGUGAGGAAAACAUGCUCUUUUGGUUGGCUUGUGAAGAUUUCACCAAGGAAACCAAUAAGAGCAUUAUCGAGGAGAAGGCGCGGGUUAUAUAUGAAGACUACAUCUCCAUUCUCUCACCCAAAGAGGUGAGCCUUGACUCUAGAGUUCGGGAAGUUAUAAACAGGAAUAUGCAGGAGCCAUCAUCGCACACAUUUGAUGAUGCGCAGCUCCAGAUAUACACGCUAAUGCAAAGAGACUCAUAUCCUCGAUUCAUGAACUCCCCAGUCUACAUAAGCUUAAUGAAUACAGUCUCUGAGCAGUCGGUGGAAUCUUAGAUCUCUGUGAUUCUGGUUGAAUGCACCCCCCAUAUCUUUUGUUUGUUACCUUUCCUUGCAUAGAAUAUGUUUAAAAGGACCUCAGUAUGGGUCCUCCCAGGGAUUUUUCUGCUAUAGCGAUCUGUACCUGACAAAAAGACACUCAGGUCUCCAGGUCACUGGAUUAAAAAAAAAAAACCUCAAAUCUCCUGAGGGCUCCUCACCACAAGUACUGCUACAGAUCAGCAUAGCAAGAUGCUCCAAAGGAUAAUAAUCUUUUUUAUUUGUGUUGAAGUUUCAUAUAAUUAUUUUUUGUAUUAAUGUUUGAAGGACAAUGUGAUAACAAUUGUGUGCUAUAUAUUGUAUAUACAGUAGAUAUAUUUAUGAAUUUGUAUUAUAUUUCUUAAACUUUUUUUUCUUGUGUUACAAUAUUUCAAGAAAAGGGACUUAUGGGUACACAGUAUUACCCAUUUCUGAAUAGUGCGUAUAAGAAUCAAAGCUCAAAUCAAAGCAACACUUCAACUGUACACAGAGGACACUCUGUGAUACACUAUUGUUUCAGCUACUUCACUAACUACUCCCUGUUAUAAUGACUUGGCAUCUCCAAUGGAAAAUUAAUAUUAUCUGCCAUAUCACAGGCAUGGCUUUAGUUUGAAAUCAGUGUUAAAGGCUGAGACUGAAGUAAGGUAAAGAAAAAAACCACAUUUAAAUACAAAAGGAUAAAAUGAAGACAUCAUGGAUAGGAAAGAUCAUGUCACAAACUCUUUGACACAAAUAGAUGAAUAUGGAAUAUUGUCAGACAUUAUAUCUCAAAAGGCACCAGAAAAUUUGUUUCCCCUGAUUUCGUAUUCCACAAGGCAAUAGCAAGCAGUAUAUACUGUAUUUACAGAAAUAUCUGUAUCAUUAAAUUAUUCCCAUGCUGCACCCAGAAUGAGCAGCUAAGAGAUGGUUGAACAUGACUAUUCCUUGCAUGUCCUCAACCCAAAGAUACUUUAAAAGACAUUUCUAUAUUUAGCUCUGAAUGGACCCUUAUGAGUAGAUGACACCAAAGUAAACAAGUCCAGUAAAACUGUGUGAUGAGCCUUUUCCUCCAAUAGAACUGACUAGAAUUGGAGCUGCCAAGUUCUUACUAUAUUUUAAGUUCUGUGAAUUACUUUGUUGCCUGAAUUUUGAUGUCGCUCAAAGACAAGAUCCUCACUUGGGGAAGUGCCUUGACAUUCAAUUUUGUGACAUCUCUUCUUUUUUUUUUUUUGGCAAUAGUUGAUUUAAACUGUUGCCACAUAUGAAGACUCUGGGCCUUUGAUCAAUUCAUGAGAUGACACAGUGACUUCUGAAUUAAACCAUUGCACUUUAGUUUUGAAGAGGAAACAAACACCAUCAGUUUUAUUGAGUGCUGAAGUCACCAUAUUUAAGCAGGUUUGUUUGUUUAUCAGGUAAAGAAAUUAUUAGAUUAUUAUCUGAGGCCAAACGUCUAUCUACCAACAUGUAUUUCAUGGUGGUGAUUCUACUUGUCUUAGACUUAAUAUGUGCAAUUGAUAUGUGCAAUUGGAUUCACAUAGAUCAACCUCAUACACAAUCUAAGACAAUGGAUUGGAGUUAUACUGCCUAUAAGUGUUUUUUUUUUUUUUUUUUUUUUGUUGUAUGUGUAAAUUAUAUUAAAAACAAAUAUUUUCCAAUCAUUUUACAUACAAAUUAUUAAAAUAAAUUUGAUCAUGUGAAUGUUUACAGUAAUCAGAUUAGAGUUUUUUUUUUCUUUUUUAUUGAA